AUGGCCAAAAGAAAGUCAAAUGCCGUGGAGAAGCGCCAAAAAAGAUUAAGGGAAGAACUGGACGCCCAACUCGCAUCAGGUUUGUUUUCGAAGAAGACUGUCGGUGAGGAUCUGUGGGAAAAUGAGGAACAAGAUUACGAACUAGUCCCACGUAAUUUGAAGUCGGAAAAUAAGGUCGAGGGGUUACCUAUCAAAAAAGAUGGUGUUGUUAAAAGAGUAUUGAGAGAUGUGAUAGAGAAAGAAAGUAAGGAGGACCUGGAAAGUGAAAAUAAAGAAUCCGCCCCAAAAAGUGAAGGAACGAAGGAGGACGACACGGAAGCUAAAACAGAGCAGGAUGAAGAUGCGAAUUUGUCUCCUCAAGAGAAGCUUGUGAAGAUCAAGGAACAAAUUGCUGACUAUGCAUCAAGACUUAUCGAAGACCCCGAAGAAAAUAUUUCUUGCCUUACUAAGUUGAGAAGGUUAGCAGAAUCUGAUGAUUUCGCCAGUAGCCAAUUGGCAAUCUUGGCACUCGUCCCUGUCUUCAAAUCUUUAGCACCGGCUUAUAAAAUCAGACCUUUGACAGAAACAGAAAAAAAGGAAAGAGUCGGAAAAGACAUUGCCCGUUUAAGAGGGUUUGAACAAGGCCUAGUUUUGAAUUAUCAACAUUACAUUGAAUUACUCACCAAACUAGCUAGGGUUCUGGCACUGGCAUCCAAAAGCAGCAAGAAAAUCACAGCUUCUCAAGUGAAACAAGGACAGGUGGCUACUAAGGCAGCAUGUGAACUUUGUUUAUCGUCCUUGAGGCAUUUCAAUUUUAGAGCAGAGUUGUUCACUAUCCCAAUUCGCCGCCUCAAUAAAAAGCCUCAAGACGAAACUGAUUUGCAAUUGUUUUUCUCAUGCAUUCGAACUUUAGAGAGUCUUCUUAAGGAAGACAAAGAUCAUGGAAGCAUAUCCUUUGAUAUCACCAGGAUCAUGUGCAAAGUUAUAAAAGACAAAAACUUUAGAGUUGAUGAAGCCGUGGUCAAUGUUCUUUUGAGUUUAUCUUUGUUAGAUGAUUACGAUCCAAAUGGAACGAAGGACUUGGAACCAGUGCAAAAGAUGAAGAAGAAGAACAGAGUUCAUUUGUCAAAGAAACAAAGGAAACAAAGAAAGGAGUUGAAAGAAAUCGAACAAGAAAUGGCGAAAGCUGAACAAGCCAUUACCGCAGAAGAAAGAGAAAAAUUCCAAGCGCAAACUUUGAAAUUGUUAUUGACUUUCUAUCUUGAGAUUUUGAAGGCUGGUUCAUACUCAGCCGAUGAAAAAAAUGAUGCAAACAACUUGAUGGCUGCAGUUUUAGAAGGUUUGUCUCGAUUCGGGCAAAUGGCAAACUUUGACUUAUUAGGAGACUUCCUUGUGGUUUUGAAAGAAACUAUGGCCAACAUUGUUGAAGAGCACUCAUUAGAGAGCAACAAAUUUGGGAUUGCCGAUAAUGAAUUUGAGUCUGGAGGUAUUUACACCUCGGAAGAAAUCAGAAAAGUUCUUCUCUGUAUUGUCGCCGCCUUUGCAUUGGUUACAAACCACAGGGAGGUAGGUAGAUUACCGAUUUCUGUCGAUUUCUCGAAUUUCGUAUCGACAUUGUAUCAGAUUAUUGCGGACGUUUGUCUUGAUGCAGAUUUGGAAUUUUCACACAAGUCCUUGAGGCUAGCUGAUCCACUUGACGGAACAAAUGCCACGUACAAACCAGCGGUUAAUGUGUCAACCAAAGCCGAGUUGUUAUUGAAAAGUCUUGACUUUAUUUUCUUCCGUUCUCGCACAGGUAGUUUAGCCAGAGCUUUACCAUUUAUCAAGAGACUAUACAUUUCAUCAUUGCAGACACCAGAGAAAACUACAAUUGCUACCUUGAAGUUCAUUGGUAAGCUUCUUGCAAGAUAUGGCGAGGGCUUGAAAGGAUUGUGGAGCACAGAGGAUAGAAUUACCGGUGAGGGAAACUACAUCUUGGGAAUUGAGAAGGAAGAUUUCGAGGUAGAUAUGGAAAGAAGUAAUAUCUCUUCCGCCGUGUUAUGGGAGAACGUCUUGCUUGACAAGCACUUUUGUCCGAUGAUUAAAGACGGCUCUAGAAGCUUGAUGAAAAAUAGCAAGGACUCAAAAUCCAGAUAA